CUUACGAUCCAAAUAUGGACAACCAGCAACAAAAGCUCCAACGAAACCAGAUUUUAACAGACCUGAUAAACCAAAAACUUCCGGUCCAAAUUAUGGACCAUCAAAUUCAUUAAACAAACAGUUCUCUUCAAAGUCGUCAUCAAAUCAGUAUUCUUAUGUAGAAACAACAGGCAAUGAUUUUGAGAGUCUAAGCAAGUUCGACACAAGAAAUGUAUUGAAAACUCUCAGGAAAGUCUAUUACGAGCAGCUAGGUAUGUCUAGUAAGAAACAAUAUGACUUCGGAAUGAAAACGAACUCGAAUAUAAGUGUAAAGAAAGAUAUGAAUCAAGGCAAAUCUACUCUUAACAAACAAACCAAACAAAAUAUGUUGAAACUGGACUUCGGCAGACCUGACAAACAAGACAAUUACAAUAAAACAUAUGGACAACUACAAAAAGCAGCAAAACCAGAAACGCCAGGUAUACCAAAACCAGACUUUACCAGACCUAAUAAACCAAAACCAUACGGUCCAAAUUACGGCCCACCAGCAACAAAAGCUUCGUCGAAACCAGAUUUUAAUAGACCUGAUAAACCAAAAUCUUAUGGUCCAAAUUACGGACUACCAGCAACAAAAGCUCCAUCGAAACCGGAUUUUAACAGACACGAUAACCCAAAACCUUACGGUCCAAAUUACGGACCACCAGCAACAAAAGCUCCACCGAAACCGGACUUUAACAGACCUGAUAAACCAAAACCUUACGGUCCAAAUUACGGACCACCAGCAACAGAAGCUCCAUCGAAACCAGACUUCAACAGACCUGAUAAACCAAAAUCUUACGGUCCAAAUUACGGACAACCAGCAACAAAAGCUCCAUCUAAACCGAACUUUAACAGACCUGAUAAACCAAAACCUUACGGACCAAAUUAUGGACCACAAACAACAAAAGCUCCAUCAAAACCGGACUUUAACCGACCUGAUAAACCAAAACCUUACGGCCCAAAUUAUGGACCGCCAGAACCAACAGCUCCAUCGAAACCGGACUUCAACAGGCCUGAUAAACCAAACUCUUACGGUCCAAAUUACGGACCACCAGCAACAAAAGCUCCAACGAAACCGGAUUUUAACAGACCUGAUAAACCGAAACCUUACGGUCCAAAUUAUGGACCACCAGCAACAAAAGCUCCAUUCAAACCGGACUUUAACAGACCUGAUAAACCAAAAUCUUACGGUCCAAAUUACGGACCACCAGCAACAAAAGCGCCACUGAAAUCGGAUUUUAACAGACCUGAUAAACCAAAACCUUACGGUCCAAUUUACGGACCACCAGCAACAAAAGCUCUACCGAAACCUGAUUUUAACAGACCUGAUAAAGCAAAACCUUACGGUCCAAAUUACGGACCACCAGCAACAGAAGCUCCAUCGAAACCAGACUUCAACAGACCUGAUAAACCAAAAUCUUAUGGUCCAAAUUACGGACCACCAGCAACAAACGCUCCAUCGAAACCAGAUUUUAACAGACCUGCAAACGAUGGACUAUAUGGGCAACCUAACUUUAGAAAGUCUCAAAAACAGGUGGAUGAACAAUCUUAUCAAGAUUCAAAGAAUGUGUUUUCAAAGGAAGCAGUAGUGGAAAAUAGUUCAUCGUCGACUUCAUACAAGUUUGGAAAUGUAAACACAGUCUUUGAAACGCUUAAAAAGUUAUACUUCUUAAAAAACCAAAAACCUUACGGAGCACCAGCAACAAAAGCUCCAUCGAAACCGGACUUUAACCGACCAGAUAAACCAAAACCUAACGGUACAAAUUAUGGACCAACACCAACAAAAGGUCCAUCGAAACCGGAUUUUAACAGACCUGACAUACAAAAAUCUUAUGGUCAAAAUUAUGGACAACCAGCAACAAAAGCUCCAACGAAACCGGACUUUAACAGACCUGAUAAACCAAAACCUUACGGUCCAAAUUACGGACCACCAGCAACAAAAGCUCCAUUGAAACCUGACUUUAACAGACCUGAUAAGCCAAAACCUUACGAUCCUAAAUAUGGACCACCAGCAACAAAAGCUCCAUUAAAACCGGACUUUAACAGACCUGAUAACCCGAAACCUUACGGUCCAAAAUACGGACAACCAGCAACAAAAGCUCCAUUCAAACCGGACUUCAACAGACCUGAUAAACCAAAUGCUUAUGAUCAAAAAUAUGUACUACCAGCAACAAAAGCUCCAUCCAAACCGGACUUUAACCGACCUGAUCAACCAGAAUCUUAUGGUCCAAAUUAUGGACCGCCAGCAACAAAGGGUCCAUCGAAACCGGACUUUAACAGACCUGAUAAACCAAAACCUUACGGUCCAAAUUACGGACCACCAGCAACACAAGCUCAACCGAAACCGGAUUUCAACAGACCUGAUAAACCAAAACCUUAUGAUCCAAAAUACGGUGCACCAGCAACAAAAGCUCCAUCAAAACCGGACUUCAACCGACCUGAUCAACCAAAAUCUUAUGGUCCAAAUUAUGGACCGCCAGCAACAAAGGGUCCAUCAAAACCGGACUUUAACAGACCUGAUAAACCAAAACCUUACGGUCCAAAUUACGGACCACCAGCAACAAAAGCUCCAUCGAAACCGGAUUUUAACAGACCUGAUAAACCAAAACCUUAUGAUCCAAAAUACGGACCACCAGCAACAAAAUCUCCAUUGAAACCGGACUUUAACAUACCUGAUAAACCAAAACCUUAUGGUCCCAAUUACGGACCACCAGCAACAGAAGCUCCACUAAAACCGGACUUUAACAGACCUGAUAAACCAAAACCUUAUGGUCCAAAUUACGGACCGCCAGCAACAAAUGCUCCACUGAAACCGGAUUUUAACCGACCUGAUAAACCAAACUCUUACGGUCCAAAUUACGGACCACCAGCAACAAAGGGUCCAUCAAAACCGGACUUUAACAGACCUGAUAAACCAAAACCUUACGGUCCAAAUUACGGACCACCAGCAACAAAAGCUCCAUCGAAACCGGAUUUUAACAGACCUGAUAAACCAAAACCUUAUGAUCCAAAAUACGGACCACCAGCAACAAAAACUCCAUUGAAACCGGACUUUAACAUACCUGAUAAACCAAAACCUUAUGGUCCCAAUUACGGACCACCAGCAACAGAAGCUCCACUAAAACCGGACUUUAACAGACCUGAUAAACCAAAACCUUAUGGUCCAAAUUACGGACCGCCAGCAACAAAUGCUCCACUGAAACCGGAUUUUAACCGACCUGAUAAACCAAACUCUUACGGUCCAAAUUACGGACCACCAGCAACAAAAGCUCCACUGAAACCGGAUUUUAACAGACCUGAUAAACCAAAACCUAAUGGUCCAAAAUACGGACCACCAGCAACAAAAGCUCCAUUGAAACCAGACUUUAACAGACCUGAUAAACCAAAAUCUUACGGUCCAAAUUACGGACCACCAGCAACAAAAGUUCCACCGAAACCGGACUUUAACAGACCUGAUAAACCAAAAUCUUACGUACCCAAUUACGGACCAUCGGCAACAAAAGCUCCAUUGAGACCGGAUUUUAACAGACCUGAUAAUCCAAAACCUUACGGUCCAAAUUAUGGACCAUCAGCAUCAAAAGAUCCUUGGAAACCGGACUUUAACAGACCUGAUAAACCAAAACCUCAGGGUUCAAAUUACGGACCACCAGCAACUACACCUGCAUCGAAACCGGAGUUCAACAGACCUGAUAAACCAAAACCUUAUGGCCCAAAAUAUGAGAAACCAGUGAAACAUAUUCCAUCAAAGCCAGAUUUUAAUAGGCCUGGAAAAUCGGAAUCUAAAAAAUCUUUUGCACGAAACAACACGACCUCAUCAUCCAAAGGACUUUCUUCUGAAUAUUCAUUUAUAAAGAAUUAUCUUACAAAGACAAUGAACAAUUCCAACUUUAAGAGCCUUGAACAACUAAAUGCAAAUAUAGUAUUGAAAAUGCUAAGAAAGGUAUAUUUGCUACAAAGUGAAACGUCAGCUCCUAGACAACCAGAUUUUGGAAGACCAGAUAAACCAAGUACUAAUUCAAAACAAUAUGAACAACCGAUACCAGAUUUCAAUAGACCUGAAAAAACACAGACUUACAAUCAAAUAAAUGGACAAAUUCCAAAGUCCAAAUCAACAAUAAAUUAUCAAGAUUCAACGAAUGCCGUUUCAAAGCUAGCAGUAGUAAAAAAUAGCCAAUCAUCGACUUCAUACGACUUUAAAAAUGUAAACACAGUGUUGGAAACGCUUAAAAAGUUAUAUUUCCUAAAAAAACAGAAACCUUACGGACCACCACAAACAAGCAAUACAUCGAAACCGGAUUUUAACAGACCUGAUAAACCAAAACCUUAUGGUCCAAAUUAUGGACUACCAGCAACAAAAUCUCCAUCGAAACCGGACUUUAAUAGACCCGAUCAACCAAAACCUUAUGGUCCAAAAUACGGACUACCAGCAGCAAAAACUAAGCCGAAACCAGACUUUAACAGACCUGAUAAACCAAAACCAAAUUAUGGACUACCAGCAACAAAAGCUCCAUUUAAACCAAAUUUUAACAGACCUGAUCAACCAAAAUCUUACGAGCCAAAUAACGGACAACCAAAAACAAAAGCUCCACUGAAACCGGAUUUUAACAGACCUGCUAAACCAAAACCUUACGUUCCAAAUUAUGGACCACCAGCAACAAAUGCUCAACCGAAACCGGACUUUAACAGACCUGAUAAACCAAAUACUUACGGUCCAAAUUACGGACCAUCAGCAACAAAUGCUCCAUCGAAACCCGACUUUAACAGACCAGAUAAACCAAAGCCGUACGGUCCAAAUUAUGAACCAAAAGCAAUAAAAGUACCAGCGAAACCGGACUUUAACAGACCUGAUAAACCAAAACCUUACGGUCCAAAUUACGGACCACCAGCAACAAAGGCUCCGCGGAAACCGGACUUUAACAGACCUGAUAAACCAAAACCUAAUGGUCCAAAAUACGGACCACCAGCAACAAAAGCUUCAUUGAAACCGGACUUUAACAGACCUGAUAAACGGAAACCUUACGGUCCAAAUAACGGACCACCAGCAACAAAAGUUCCACCGAAACCGGACUUUAACAGACCUGAUAAACCAAACUCUUACGUACCCAAUUACGGACCAUCGGCAACAAAAGCUCCAUUGAGACCGGAUUUUAACAGACCUGAUAAACCAAAAUCUUACGGUCCCAGUUACGGACCACCAGCCACAAAAGCUCCACUGAAACCGGAUUUUAACAGACCUGAUAAACCAAACUCUUACGGUCCAAAUUACGGACCACCAGCAACAAAAGCUCCAACGAAACCGGACUUUAACAGACCUGAUAAACCAAAAUCUUACAGUCCAAAUUACGGACCACCAGCAACAAAAGCUCCACUGAAACCGGAUUUUAACAGACCUGAUAAACCAAACUCUUACGGUCCAAAUUACGGACCACCAGCAACAAAAGCUCCACUGAAACCGGAUUUUAACAGACCUGAUAAACCAAAACCUUACGGUCCAAAUUACGGACCACCAGCAACUAAAGCUCCACUGAAACCAGACUUUAACAGACCUGAUAAACCAAAACCUUACGGUCCAAAUUACGGACCACCAGCAACAAAAGCUCCACCAAAACCGGAUUUUAACAGACCUGAUAAAUCAAAACCUUACGGUCCCAGUUACGGACCAUUAGCAACAAAAGCUCCAUUGAAACCGGAUUUUAACAGACCUGAUAAACCAAAACGUUACGGUCCAAAUUAUGGACCACUAGCAACAAAUGCUCCAUCGAAACCAGACUUUAAGAGAGCUGAUAAACCACAAUCUUACGAUCCAAAUUACGGAAAGGUAGUUAUUCCACCGAAACCUGACUUUAGCAGACCUAAAAAACUAAAACCUUCUGGUCAAGUGUAUGACCAACAGUUCAAUUAUGAUUCCAUAAACCUGAUUACAAAGAAGACAGUUGGAAAGGAAUAUUCAUCAUCGGCCACGAAUAGUUUCAAUUAUAAAAAUGCAAAUAGCAUGUUAGAAACGCUUAAGAAAUUAUAUCUGCUUAAGAAAGGGAAGUCGGCUGAAUCUGCUUCACAAUAUUUUGGCAGACCUGAUAAACGAGAUGGAAAAAAUCAAAUGCAAAGUAAAGGAAGUAAACUUACUCCGUCAAAUAAGAACUUUGACAUGCCUGUGAAAUCUGAUUCGUACAUUCCAACGUACGGACAACCGGAUAAUCUUUACAUAAACAAGCAAACUUACAGAAAACAAGAAAAACCUACUGUAACAAAACCAAAUUUUGGCAGACCGGAAAAGCCAGACCUGGCAAUGCGUAAAACUGGGGGAUACGCUGGAAUUGGUGAGGCUUCGCAGGUUAUAAAAUCAAGUUUAAAACAAAUCAUCUCAAACAAGGCAGGUACUAAGAAACAAACUUACGGAACUGUGAAACAAGAACCUAACAAUCCAAUGUAUGGACAACCAGGAAUAAACGCUCCAUUAAAACCAGACUUUAGUAGGCCUAAUAAGCCAGAAACAAACAAUCAAGCAUAUGGACAACAGAGAAAAUCCUCUCCCUCAAAACCAGACUUUAAAAGACCCCCAAAACAAGAACCUUACAGACCAAAGUAUGGACAACAACCGAAACCCGUACCAUCGAAACCAGAUUUUGGGAAACCUAAAAAAACCAAAUCUUACGAUUUAACGUAUGGACAGCCAGCCAAAUCUGCUUUGCCAAAACCAGUUUUUGGCAGGCCUCAUAAACCUGAUCCUUCGUAUGGACAACCGGAAAAAAAACCUGCUUCACCAAACCAGUAUUAUUUCAGACCAGAUAAGUCCGACCAAAACAAUCUACCUAAUGGACAACUAGGAAAAUCGGCUCCUCCUAAGCCAAACUUUGGCAGGCCGGGUCAACCUGAUUUUUCGAAUUCAGUGUAUCGUAAACCAAGUAAAUCUGAUCCAUCAAAACUAGAUUUCAGCAGUGCAGGUAAGCCAGAUCCAAACAUUCCAACACGUGGACAGCAAGGUAAACAAUAUUUUGCUGGAGAUGGAAAUAUAUAUGAUUUUACCAGCUCUAAUCAAGACAAAACAAGCUUUGUUUUACAAACAAUGAGGAAAUUGUAUCUAGAACAACAAGGAAAUCUUAUUCAACAUAAUACCGACACUGGUAGAACUGACACGAUAGUCACGAAAGAGCGAAAUAGUCAACCAAAUCUAUUAAGUAUUUCGCAAACCGAUUACAGUAGUUCAAAUCAAAAUACAAAAGUAAGCCAAGAUCAAUUUCUUGUUAAUUCCGUGGCACAAAAGCCAGACUUUUACAGACCAGAGAAACUUACAAAACCAUAUGGAGAUACAAAUACUUACACGAAAAAUAAACAACCAGUACCCAGUAUAACAUUAAAGAAAAAGUCAAAAGUGCCUGAAUCAUAUAUACCAGAAAAGCCGAAAUCUGCCUCACCUAUUGUGAGUAUCGCAUCGUCUGAGCAAAUAAAUCAAGGCAGCAAAUUUGCUGGAUCUAAUAUGAGAACUGUAUCGAAGAGUGAGACAAGUUUUAACACUGGGCGACUUGUGAAAAUAAAUGCCGGAACAGAAACGCACGUAAAGAAGCAUACCCACGCUACAGGACGAGCACAAGGCAAUCAUGGGCAUGGGUCAAAGGUCAACUGCAGUGUUCUUGCACCUUGUUGUGGCGAUGAUGAUUUCACUUAUCUCUCAGAGUGUUUCUUGCCUUCAUCGGUGAAAAAGAUUUGCGAUGGAUUCUGUCCAUGUCCAGGACUGAGACAAUAUUCAGGUCAGGCACCAAUAAUUCCGGCUUCGAAAACAUCGCCUCUGAAAGCACUGCCUAUUGUUUCAUCGCAAGGAUUUGACGCAGGAGCUGGUGCAGCUGGUGGUGUUGGUGGAUCCAGUGGUGCUGGUAGAGCCAGUGGAGUAAGUGGUGCUGGUGGAGCCGGUGGUGCUGGUGAAGCCGGUGGUGCUGGUGGAGCCGGUGGUGCAGAUGGAGCCGGUGGUGCUGGUGGCGCUGGUGAAGCCGGUGGUGCUAGUGAAGCCGGUGGAGCUGGUGGAGCCAAUGGCGCUGGUGGAGCCGGUGGUGCAGGUGGAGCCAAUGGCGCUGGUGGAGCCGGUGGUGCUGGUGGCGCCGGUGGUGCUGGUGGAGCCGGUGGUGCAGGUGGAGCCAAUGGUGCAGGUGGAGCCGGUGGUGCUGGUGGACAGAAAAUAACAGGAUUAAAAGCUUUAUGUGCCAAAAAGUGCAGACCUUUAGCAUUUAACCCAGUUUGCACAACACAAGGAAACACCUAUGACAACGAAUGUGUCCAGAAGUGCAGAGGAGAAAAAUUUGCAUGUAAUGGAAUAUGCCCCUGCAAAAUCGAUGAUGGAAUACCGGCCAAUGGAAUGGGAGGAGGAGGUGGAAACGGUGCUGAUGCCAGUUCAGAUAUAGCCACAGCAGCCUCAAUGGCGGUUUUAAGCCGAUCAAGAGAUGAUAACACGCCAGAUGAUAGCGGGGACAUGUUAAGGAAGUUAAGGCAAUUACGGAGAUUAUAUCCGUGACGAAAAUGGAAUUAAAAUCAAAUUCGCGGCGGCUUACAGAUGAAGACAAAUCUAGCGGACAAAUUGUUCAAGAAAGAGAUGAUGUUCGUCUUGCAGUUUAUUGUUAUUUUGAUUAUAAAUGCACUAGUUUGAAUAAAUAGUGUUAUAUACUAUUAUGAUGAAUAAGUCGUCGUCUGAUUGAUAAUCAGCCAAAACUGGUGUAAUAUCAAAAACAUAAUUGUUUUGUGCCGCAAUAUAACUGUCUGGUUGGAAGUAAUUGUGUCUUUCAUUAAAUACAACAGUUAUAUUCCGAUGUUUUGUUUUGUUUUCUGAUAUCGUGAUUUAUCGUAAAAUGUUUUGUUUAUUUAAUUUUACAUCGUAUUAAAUCUGUCUCAUUUUACACAAUUAAAUGUUACAAAGAUUUUUAAACAGCUAAGAUAUAUUAAUCGAUGUACAUUUUGAUAUGUUCUUGUACAUGUUGCUUGAUUUUAACAACUGGUAUCAUGGUAAAAUAA